GGUCUCGCAUCCUGUCGCCGAACCCAUCGCCCCCGCCUCCGGGAUUUAUUUAGAUGACUGCUCCGAUGAUCGCCUCGCCCUCCCAGUUCCUUGGCCUACGGAUCGCCCCUCCUCUCCCGCGCUUCGCUGCUCCCACGUCCCCUCGCUCUGCCACCUCCCUCCGCUCGCCGGGCAUCUCCGCCGCGUACACCGCCGCGGCGGAGCGCCGGCCCGCCGACGCCCUCUCCCCGGCGGCGCCAUCGCCUGUCGCCUCGCUCUACGACGUGCUGGGCCUCCCCGCCGACGCCACCGGCCAGGAGAUCAAGGCCGCGUACCGGCGGCUGGCGCGCGCGAGCCACCCGGACGUGGUGGCUACCGACCGCAAGGGCACGUCGGCCGACGAGUUCAUCCGCAUCCACGCCGCCUACUCCACCCUCUCCGAUCCCGACAAGCGCGCCGACUACGACCGCAAGCUCCUCCUCCUCGGCCGCCACCGCCGGACCGUUCGCCGCCCGACGACGCAGCCGUCCUCCUCCUGGGCUUUCUCCCGCUCCCCGUCCUUCCCCGGCUACGGCCGUCGGACCUGGGAGACCGACCAGUGCUGGUAGAUCGGCCGAUCGGGCCAGACCGGUGGAGCCGUCCGAUGGGAUUCGGACGGAAGGAUCUAAUCCUUUUUAUAGGUCCCAAUUUUAGCGGUAGAUCUGUAGCCACGUGCGGGCGCCGGAGCCGUGAGAUGAUGUCGUCGGUCUUUGGACGGAUCUAGUAGGCUAAGGUGGCGAGUGUGGAUGGAAGCUCAACAUAGUAUAAAGCUGCCACGACCACCUUCUUCUUCUUCUGAUUUCUUUUGGUAGUUGCUUGCAAAAAAACUUCCCGGUUCUGUAACCCUUCCUCAUCUAUGAGAUUUGAUAUAUGAGAUAUACUACUAUUAACAUAACGUAGUACAAAAAAGAGGUGCUUAAUUCUUCU